AUGUUUGUUAUCGACAUAUGGGGCCCCUUAGUGAUUGCUCUAAUAGCAAACAUGACUCAAGCGCUUGGAAUUUCUCUACAGAGAAAAUCUCACCUUAUUGCAGAUGUGUCUAUACCAGUUUAUAAACGACCAUUGUGGAUCUCUGGUUUCCUGAUUUACACCAUUUCCAACUUGAUAGCAUCUACUUGCACCAUCGGCUAUUUACCCAUUGUCAUUCUAGCUCCAUUAGGUUCCAUCGGGCUUGUGUUUAAUGCCAUCUUUGCCAAUUGGAUUCUCGGCGACCCGUUCACCAAACGAACUGCGAUCGGAACCAGUCUUGUGUUUUCAGGAGCCAGUUUGAUUGCUGGUUUUGGGGUUGUGCCUGAGCCCAACCAUAGCCUGGAGGAUCUGAUACAGCUCUAUAAGCGACCUUCAUUUAUUGUUUAUUUUGCCUUAUUGGAAUCAUUUACCUUUUUUGGAUUGCUUACAACUCAUAUUAUGGAACAUCUCGUCAAGGUUCAGCCAUUACGUUACUCUCCUGAUUUAAGAAAAUAUCUCGGUAUAAGUUAUGGUGUAUUGGGAGCAAAUAUCAGUAGCCAAGCCAUGUUGUUUGCCAAGAGUGGGCUUGAAUUGCUUAUUUUAUCUGUAUUUCAUCAUGACAAUCAAUUUGUGUACCCGCUCACUUGGGUCAUUGUAUUUGCGCUUGCAUUUACUGCUAUUUUACAAUUGUAUUAUUUAAAUCGAGGUGUACAACUAUGCGACACUAUUAUCCUUGUUCCUCUCAACUUUUGCUCAUUUAAUGUCUCGUGUCUAUUCAAUGGUCUUGUCUAUUACAAUCAGUGGGAUAGACUGUAUUGGUGGCAAAUUGUUGCUGUUCUUUUUGGAAUAUUUUUCCUAGUAUGUGGUGUGCUCGUGAUAUCCGUACAGUCACCUAUUGCUUUGCCAGAUUCCCCCAAACUCACAUCAAGAUCCUUUGCAUCGGAUGAGUCUCAUCCAUUCUUAAAGCCAAGUGGUCAUUCUUCUUCCUCUUCUUCGCUGGACGAAGCAGGAGCUCAUCGAUCAUAUAUUAGAAAAAAGGGUUGGUGGACAAGGAUGAAGUCUUUGUGUAAAAAGAGCCAACAAGAUCAAGCAGAUGAAAAUACCGGACUACUCGUUAAUCCUUAA